AUGGGGUCUUUUCUAAAGACCAAUCCCAUUUCUUCCACUCACAAGUAUAAAGCCCAAUUGGUUGCAAAAGGUUUCAUCAAAGGUUAUGAUUUUCAUGAGACCUUUAGUCUUGUUAUUUGGCCAGUUACCAUCAGAAUUCUGGUGCAAGCCAAGUAUCUCAAAGAUAUUUUGUCUUGUGCAAAUAUGAGUAAUGCUAAGAGUGUAGUUACAUCAAUGACAAUGGGACUUAAACUCCUUAAGACUGGAUCUGUUCCAAUGACUAAUCCUCAACUUUAUCGAUCCAUUAUUGGAGCCUUACAAUAUGCUACUAUAACAAGGCCAGAGAUUAGUUUUGCUAUCAAUAAAGUUUGUCAGUUUAUGCAAACGCCCCUUGAUGUUCACUGGAAGGCUGUUAAGAGAAUUUUAAGAUAUCUUGCUGGUUCAUUACAUGAUGGCAUUAUCAUCUGUUCUAGUCUCAGCAGAACAAUUACUGCUUACUGUGAUGCUGAUUGGGCAUCAUAUCAGAAUGAUCGAAGGAGCACUUUUGGCUUUUGUGUUUAUUUUGGUAGUAAUCUCAUCGCUUGGUCCUCUAAAAGGCAGGUUACAGUUGCAAGAUCAAGUACUGAGGCAGAAUAUAGCGGCAUGGCUUCUGUUGUAUAA